GGAUUGAUCAUUAUAAUUUUUUUUUUUUUUUAUAAUACCUUCUUCCUGUAUAAGUGAAGGAACAAUAAUAAUAAAACAGUUUCUGUUCACUUCACUUUAUCCCAAUUCGAGCCAGAGUUAACUCUUUGUCAGAUCUCUCUCCCUCUGUCUGAAAAAGAGAACCAACCAAAAAAGAAAAAAACAAUCUUAUUUUUAACCAUUUUUUUUUCCGUUAAACUGAUCAAAAUGCAGAAUCUAAAAGAAUGGGUUUUGAAUCUCUUGUUUGUGUCUGCUCUUCUUCUUUGUUUUGUUCACUCAUCAUCAUCAUCACAAGUAAUCUGUUCGAGCCAAGACAGAGCAUCACUUCUGAGUUUCAAGUCAAGCAUCAUCAAAGACACAACCGGAGUUCUAGAUUCAUGGGUUGGUCUAGAUUGCUGCAAUGAAGAAUGGGAAGGUGUUCAAUGCGAUCCAGCCACGGGGAGAGUCACCAACUUGGUGUUACAAUCCCCCUUGAACGAGCCUACUCUUUACAUGAAAGGCACACUCUCACCUUCACUGGGUAAUCUCCGAUCUCUUGUGGUUUUGUCCAUUACUGGAACCAAAUUCAUCAGUGGUUCAAUCCCCAACAGCUUCUAUAACCUGACCAGUCUUCGGCAGCUCGUACUCGAUGAUAAUUCUCUCCAAGGCAAUGUUCCUUCUGUUUUAGGCCAUCUUCCAUCGUUGCAGAUUCUUUCUUUAGCUGGAAACCGCUUCUCAGGUCUUGUCCCGCCGAGUUUGGGGAACUUGGGAAGACUCACCAUUUUGAGUUUGGCUCGAAAUUCUUUCUCCGGUCCGAUCCCAUUGACUUUCAAGAACCUCCUCAAACUUGAGAGUCUUGAUCUCAGCUCCAAUCUGUUAACUGGACCAAUCCCAGAUUUCAUAGGCCAGUUUCAGAGUUUAACCAAUCUUUUUCUCUCCAGCAACAGAUUAUCCGGUGGGUUACCUGUUUCUGUUUACAGCUUAGGGAAGCUUCAGGGCAUGUCUUUGGAGCGUAAUGGCCUGACCGGACCACUCUCAGAUCGAAUCAGCAAUUUGAAGUCACUCACUAGCCUUCAGUUAAGCGGCAACAAGUUCAUCGGUCACAUACCAGCAUCCAUUACAAGACUGCAGAAUCUCUGGUCUCUCAACCUCUCGAGAAACCAGUUCUCCGAUCCUCUGCCUGCUGUUGUAGCCAGAGGAUUUCCUUCUCUGCUGUCUAUUGAUCUUUCCUACAACAACCUCAAUCUGGGAGCAAUCCCAAGCUGGAUCAGAGACAAGCAACUCUCAGAUAUCAACUUGGCUGGUUGCAAACUGAGAGGAACCUUUCCAAAGCUAACAAGACCAACGGCCUUGACCUCGCUAGAUUUGUCUGACAACUUUUUGACAGGUGAUGUUUCAGCUUUCCUCACAAGCAUGACCAAUGUUCAGAAAGUGAAGCUCUCAAAGAACCAGCUCAGGUUUGAUCUCUCCAAGCUGAAGUUGCCAGAGGGAGUCGCGUCCAUUGAUCUAAGUUCAAAUCUAGUGACGGGUUCGCUUUCAAGCCUGUUAAACAACAAGACAAGCAGCUUCUUGGAAGAGGUUCAUCUCACCAACAACCAAAUCUCAGGGAGGAUCCCUGAUUUCACAGAGAGCUUGAACCUGAAAGUUCUCAACAUUGGGAGCAACAAAAUCAGUGGACAAAUCCCAAGUUCAAUAUCAAACCUUGUUGAACUUGUGAGACUGGACAUCUCAAGAAACCACAUUACAGGAGGCAUACCUCAAGCUCUGGGGCAGCUAGCGCAGCUCAACUGGCUCGACGUCUCCAUUAAUGCACUUACAGGAAGAAUCCCGGACAGCUUAUUGAACAUCAAGACAAUGAAACAUGUGAGUUUUAGAGCCAACAAAUUGUGCGGGCUGAUUCCACAAGGAAGACCAUUCAACAUCUUUCCUGCAGCUGCUUAUCUGCAUAACCUUUGCCUGUGUGGCAAGCCAUUACCAGCUUGUAGGAAGACAAUGAAGUGAAACAAAACACACGUUCUGAAGUGGCCAGUCCAACGCUGACUUUAUCUUAGCCCCUAUUACUUUUUACGCAUUUCUUCCAAAUAGAUGAUAUCUUCUAUUUGUCUUUUACUCUUUUCUUACAAUUCUAUUGUUUCAAUCUGAUUCUGUUUUCAAUUUCAUCUCAAAUAAAUUAUUACUACUUUUUACUC